UGUAUAAAUGUGAGGGCUUGAAGGAGGGGCCGCAGCUCUUCAGCUUCACCUCUUGAGUUCAACAGAAAAAGUGUCAGACAGCAGCAUGCUGCCACCAAACCUACUGAUCGUGUCGAUAGUCAUCCUUCUGGCAACUACAGCAUCUACGGCGCCUGUGGAGGAGAAGGAGGUGGAGGAGGUGGAAACGGAGGCCACAGAGAUGCUGGAGGGGGAGUUGUCUGAGGAGGAGGAGGAUGAUGAUGAUGACUCCAAGAGUCAGGAUAAUAUUGAUGGAGCGCAGCAGACCACCGUGUCGGCAGCGGCAGCCGGAGGUUCAGCUAUUUCCUCAAAUAUUCAACAUAUGAGCGUUUCCAGUGGUCAGUCUCCAGAGACGGGGUCUCAUGUUGGGGCAGCAGGAAGCUCUACAGGUCACGGAGGUGAUCUCUCCUCUGUCGAUUUAGCAGCAGCUGGACAUCCAAGCAGCUCGUCAGGUUCUGCAGUUUCUCCGGGUUCUGAAGGCUCUACGGGUUCUGCAGCCUCUAUAGGCUCUGCAGGAUCUGCAGGUUUUGUGGACUCAGCAGGAUCUGCAGGUUCUCCAGGGUCUGUAGGAUCCAUGGGUUUUGCAGGUUCUGUAGAUUCUGCAGGCUCUGUAGAUUUGGGAGGAUCUCCCGGUUCUGUAGGUUCUGCAGCUAUUUUAGACUCAGGAGGAUCUCCAGGUUCUGUAGCAGCUGAAAUCUCUGGUGUUUCUGCAGGUCAAACUCACCCAGCAGGAUCCGAGCGCCUACCGAGUCCAUCUAAAACAGACAUGAACGGUCCUGGUGGAAUAGACUCAGAGAAUAACGGUAAUGGACAGAAGCUGCUGAACGGCGGAGGAGGUGGAGCCGGAGUCAGCAGUCAGACCGGAAUCGUCGAUCCGUCCAGUCAUGACUUCCUGCUCAACCUUAUGGGUGGUGGGUUGGUGGAUCCUUUCAGCACAGAUGGUCUCCUAAAUAUUCCAGCUCACUUGACCGCACUGCCUCACCACGACUUCUCAGGCACUGGAGUGACAGCAGCGCCACCAGGUGGACAGAAUAUCCCAGGCUCGCCUGCUGGUAAUUCUUCGUAUCUCGCUGUGGGAAGGGUUGACCAAUCAGGCGCAGGCGGCACCUCGCUGACGUCCGGAUCUGACCAAUCACUGGCCAGGCCUUUCCCGGGUUCUUCUCAUUCUGCAGUUUCCUCAACAUCUUUAAUAGACAAUGGCAACGGAGAUCACCAGCAGCAGACAAACGGAGAAGAAUCCCCUGACAAUAAUGGAAACGGUAGGCAGAAUGUGCUGACUGACAUGAAUGGAGGAGUGACGGAAAGAAUGGUUUCCCUCCAUGAUGUUAACACUCAGAGCCUGCAAAUGCAAACUGAUCUCACAGGUGGAACAGAGUCUGUCACCCACCUUCAUGUUGACUUCUUAAAUUCAGGUCUCGGCCGUGAUGUCACAGAGUUGUCUCCCAUCACUUUGAGCAUAGAACCUGCAGCUGCCGUCACCAACACGCUGAGCCCAGUUUCAGGUGUUUACUCCAACACAGGUCAGGUUACUGCGACAGCAGACUCCACGGGUACAGACACAGUUACAGCGCAUCCAAAAGGGACUCCAUUUGACUCCAGUCAUCCAGCGGGGACAGGUCACUCACAAAUGGCUGGUUGGGCUUGUCCUCUGCAGGUUCAGUCACUGAACAGUACAACCCAUCUGGUCAGGGUCCUGAAGGUGCUGAAAAUGUGGAACUGGAGGAUACCUGCUGAUUUCCACAUGAAGCCCCGCGUGCGGUUCAUCCGUUUUCAAAUUCCGUGUACCGACCAAUCAGCAUGGCCCAGGAAUUCUGACUCCACCCACUAGUUGUAGACCCCCAACAAAUGAGAGGUUCCCUUUUGUUGUUUAAAUAUUUAAAAAAUCGAAUGCUGUUUGUGGACGUUUAUUUUGUUUGACCAUCUUUGGGUCCGCUCCUUUAUCUACCACUGGGGCACGAUCCGGCUAGACGUGAGGAUGGAGGAUUAAGUCGCGUCAGUAACCAUUGAUGAGAUAAGUGUGUGAGAGAUAAAGAAAAAAUCACUUGCUGGUCAUUUCCCGAGCUGGAAUGUAACAUGACGACUCAUUACUUGCCUCGCAUCUUUUUUUUUUAAUGGCGUUUGAAAACUUGAGUCGCCACCAGCCGGUGGUGAAGAGCCACUUAAAGGGGAAUUAAAUUAAGAAUAAUUCAGGUGAAUCUCGACCGUCUGAUUGCGUAUUAAUGGCGUCAAACAGGAUGUGAUUGUAAAUUGUGGUUUUGGACUUCAACAAUAAAAGUCUCGUCUAUUUUGAACAUCAAACUGUUGCCUUUUGUCCGACUACAUUGAAGCGAAAUAAUCACUCACCGUGCGGCUGUGUUUAAAACAAUUUAUUGAACAAAAGUUUUGCAACCAGAAUACUUCAACAUUCGACCCCCGUCUUCCCAACAUGUAGAGAGCCGUCAAGAAAAUUAAAGAUGGAUGGCUUGUUGGAAUUAAAGGCAAAAAUCAAAUAGUAUAUUAUUCACCGCAGGUUUUACAUGGCAGAGCUUCCUGUCUGUACGGCGUCUGACAAACCAUCCGAGGACCGACGCAUCAGGACAUCAGGAGCCACCUCUCUGUCAGAGACUUGUGCUUGAUACAUUUAAUCUGAGAGUUUAUUGUAGGUCAGAUUAAAUCAUCUAAAAGUAAAAAAAUCAAGCCUAUCAUUUAUGACCUGGUUUUGUUUCAUAUGAAGCAAGUGCUUUGCUUAAAGAGUUUUUAUUCAGAGUAUUGUGGCUUACAGCGAAUGAAAUCCCAAAAUUCAGAUUCUCUGAAGAUUUUAAUGUUACAGAAGAGCAACAUAAACUGUUUAAAGACAGAAAUAUGUUGAUCAAAUCUAAAACUGGAAAGUUGGGUGGAAGGAAAACGUAUGGUAGAAGGUGCACGAGCAACAUAAACUAAUACAGGUGUAAUAAGGAAGAGAAGCAAAGUCUAAUCAAGAGUCUGAGAUUAAGUUCAGAGAACUCAAUGAUUUUAUCUGCUGCUAAACUUAAAGAUCAUUGAUAUUUAGUCAUUAAAACGUCUGCAAACUGACCUCACCCUCACAGAGAAUCUACCGGGUUUAGUCAAGAUGGAGAUGAAAUACCAACAAUGCAGAAAAGCCAAAAACCAAGUUUAAAAAAGCAUCAGUGCCUCCAUGCUACGCCGCAUUGAUGCAGUAAUUCAUGCAAAUGAGUCCCAACCAGCCACUGACUGCAGAUGCUUCAGUUUGAAUUUCAGAAUUAAAUGUCCUUUUUUUUUUAAAAGUGUAAUUUAAUAUUUGAGAACCUGAAUUUUGUUUUCCGUUAGAUGUUGGCCACUGGAAAUAUAUCUGUGUGUGUGUAAAGGACACUCAUGAGUUUAUCCUUAUGAAGUGAACUAACUUUUCAAUAAGUUAAGAUUUGCAUUUGUUCAGUUGUAGCAUUGCCACACCUGACAAGAGUUUUGAGGCAAAACCUCCAGAAAGACGGCGGAGUGUUGAUGGAGAAGUUAAGAGUGAGGAAAAUGUGGCUUAUAUUCUGCAAUGAAGUUGCAAUCAUGUUUUCUUAAUGUGCAGCCCUUGUUUCAAACACGCAUCUUUGCUAUUGUAAUAUAUUAAACCUGCACAAACCCAGCCAAGCUUUCCUUAUACAUUUUUACAUUUUAAAUAAAGUAACUUCACUUUGAGCUCUGAUAACCUUCCGCAGCUGAAGUUGGAAGUUUAUUCAAAUAAAACAAGAGUGAGUAUAAAAGGUGAAUCCACGCUUGAGACUGCGAG